AUGCGCGAAAGCUGGUGUCAUCUCAGCGGCUGCUGCGAACAGCAGCAGGUCGCGCACGUCGUGCCCCAGUCCGAGCUCGGCUGGUGGCGAGCGAAAGGCAUGUCGCGCUACAACACAGGCGUGACUGCCACGCUCGACGACAUGGCCAACGCCUUCCUCCUUUGCGCUGACCUGCACAUUGCCUUCGACGCGCCCCGUCUUGCAUUUGUGCCCAAGCCCGCCACCAAUGGCAGCAUGCGCCUCGUCGCACACGUGCUUGGAUCCUCGCCCGAGCUCGAGCUUCUCUACCACAACCGCGAGCUGCACCCUACUGCAGUCGGCGCAGACAUAUUGUACGCGCGCUUCGCAUGGUCCAUCUUCCCCCUGCUUCGUGCCUUCCUGGAGAGCGACACCGACCGCCGUCUGACCUUGCGUGCUUCUGGCGCGCAUCUGGCCGACGCCCGAGGUUUCGUCGCUGCCGCUGAUUGCGAGCGUUUCUCGACUGCUGCGAACUGGAGGCGGUCGCAAAGUCCGAAGAAGCGGAAACCAGAACGCGGCCCUGCCGGUAAAACUCUGUCAGCCAAUGAGGUAGAACGCUGGUUUGAAGGCAUUGGUCACGAAGUCAGAGAGGUGUAA